AUGACCACCACAACUCCCCAAACGCCCCAAACGCCAACCCUUUCAUCGCCCUUCACGCCGACCCGCCGCCGGACCUCUCAGCAAUUCAGCCCCAUCUCCACUCCUCGAAUGGGGAGUGUGGGCGAUAUGGAUACGCCGCAUGUGCUGCAAAGAGCGGUCAUGGAGGGGCAGGACGUGCCCGAGUCGCCGAUAAUCGAUAGAGGCUUUGCGAUGAUGCUGUCGCCAGGGUAUAGGGUCGGGGAGAGCUCUACAGGAGGAAUUGGCGGUGCGGUUCCCGAACCCAGAUUCCUGUCAGACCCCUCCCCACAGUCCAUCUUUCCCCUCCUAGAUGAAGACGAGCACAACGCAACACAAGAGACCGAUUUGCGGAAAGCUUUGAUUCUGCGGCAUGCUAUCCACUGGGGCGUAGAGCGAGGAGAUGUCGAUCUGGUGAACUGGAUAUGCAGCCUUGAUGGGCGGUGGAGGGGUGUGUUGGAUAAGGAGGUCGAAACGCUGGAAGAUAGUGAGAACUGGGGAAUUGUAGGAAUGGCGGUCAUGUGUACUUGUGGAAGACAGGAGAAGGAAGAGAUCGUCAGGGCUGUAGUCCAGAGAUGGGGUGUGAGCGUGGGACCAAGAGGAGGGCGAGAUCGAAAUGGCUGGACUCCAUUGCAUCUCGCCGUCCUCGUAUCAACACCUCCCCUCGUAUCCUUCUUGCUCAGCCACGGCGCUUCCCCCCACGACACCAACUCCCGCGGCCUCACGCCUCUGGAUCUCGUAGUGGGCAUCCCAGACCGAGAAGCUAUAACACUCUUCCUCGAACACGCCAUCUCCGUACCCCAUCCAUCCACCCCUCUUCCCAGCUCAUCAUUCGUCCCACCAUCAUCCACCGCUCUGACAAGUCUCCCACCAACUAGACAAAAGAUGCUGGGACGAAGACGCCGGAAAGCCAGUCGGUAUCUCGAAAAGAUGGAGGCGCAAGGCAGGAGGGAGAGAGUUGAGGCGGAGCGGGAGAGGUGGGUGAGAGAUAGGGUGCGGGUUGUGGAUGUCCGACCGGAGCUUGUCUUGCCGCGGAAGGAGGUGAAGAGGAUCAAUGGAUUGGAGGUCGACCUCGAUCUGGAGCUUGACGCGCAAGACCAGGCAGAUGACGAGGAACAGGAAGAAAUAAACCAUCUCGAAUUCAACUCCAACAUGCUAGUCUUCUCCUUGGUGAAUCUUCCAGAGAUCUUUGACAUUCUCAUAUCGGACUAUACCCCAGUCUCGCAGCCACUCGCAAAGCGAACAUUACCGGCUAAUGUGCUGUUCUACUAUGCGAGGUUUGCCUGGUAUAUGUGUGAUGAAGGGUGGCUGGAGGAGCUGAUCGAGGGGGCUGUAGAGCGAGUUGAAGAGGGUGUCUAUGACAAUAUCGAAGAUCUUGCAUUCUUGGCCUUUUGGGCGUACAAUUCUUGUGUUUUGUUGCAUCAUCUUCAAUCAGAUGAGAAGCUACGUGUCGCAUGUGAAGACCUGGGGCUCUUGACGAUGGUCGAAGAACUCGUCAACGCCAUUCACGUCUUUGUUAUCCGCAUAGCAGAGCGCCGCAUCGACUCUGUGCUGGACAGUACCAUUCUCGACUACGAAACUCUUGACGACUUUGCCGAUGUCCGCUUCGAAGGAGAAUGGUCACUAUUCAGAUCGUUCGUCCCGAAGAAGAAGAGGGAGAUGCCAAAGGCGAGCUCGAUCUUCUCUGCUGCUGGGACGAGUCCCGGUGGUCUAUCGACAAGCUCUGGCUCGAGACAGUCCAUAGAUCUGUCUGUGAGCCCGGGCGUGGCGAGCGCAUUGAGAACCCCCACCAGGCCACAAUCUAUGGGUGAUCUGAGGCUGUCGUCUUCUGGACGGUCGUCGAGCCACGAGUCUGGCACAAGCUCGACCUUUUCCACGCCGGGCGGCAACACUCCCGCCCCUGAAGUAGACAGCGGGCCCGGCAAGAUCACAGAGAUCCUCACCGGCGUGCUCCUGGUCUUGCAGCUGUACGAGGUCAAUCCAGCUCUGAUCGUGCAGGCUUUCUCUCAGAUAUACUUUUGGAUCGCUUGCGAGCUGUUCAAUAGGAUCUUGACGCGGAAAAAGUAUCUGUGUCGAUCAAAGGCGUUGCAGAUCCGGAUGAACCUCACGGCGCUGGACGAUUGGAUCCGGUCCAAUGGUCUUCCCGCCAAAAUUGCGACUCAGCAUCUCGCGCCUGUCUCUCAGCUUCUUCAGUGGCUUCAAUGUCUUUCCCAGAUCAAAGAAUUCGAUACUCUGAUCGGGACGAUGCAGGGCAUGAAAGCCAUCAACCCUCUCCACAUGCGCCGUGCCGUCCGCGACUACCGCUACGAAGUCAACGAAGGCCGAAUGGCAGAUGACUGCUCCCAGUAUCUUGUCCAACUGCAAAGGGACUGGGAGAGGAGACGUCUGCAGCAAGCUGGCGCAGACGCAGAGAGGCGCAAGUCGCACAGCAGCGAGUGGUCGGAAGAAAGUUGGGGUUCGGAGCAGAUUGGGGCGAGUGGAUGGAGUGGAGGGAUGGAGGAGCCGACGAGUGUGGAUGCUCUCUUUGAUGGGUCCAUUGUGUUGGCAGAGUUCACUCCUCAUACCGCGCCAGAGAGCAUCGGCGAGCUGCUUGAUAGCAGGUAUAUGUUGCCUUUCCUCUUGCCGGAGGAGGAGAUAUACUUGAUCGCUGCCCCGCCCGAAGACGCUGCCUACCAGUCUCUGCACCUCCCCUCUAGUCCGUUUGUGACCGACACUCCCACAGGUCGACCUUUUUCUCGCUCGUCGUUCUCCUCGUCGAGACCCCUGGGCUACAGAAUACCAUCUGUCGGCAAGAUACGCGAGUUGACGCCCGACUUUUUCAAGUGGAUGAAGGAGCGCGAGGUCGAAAUGAAGCUUAGCAGAGAAGCUUUGAAAAUCGAAAAGAGGGCUGUACCUGCUCUGGUGCAUCCUCUUGGUCCCAGUCACCGAGGCGCGAUGACUAUCAACACCACCAUGCGCCCACCCGAUGACAAGACCAACCUGUCGCCUACACCCACUAGGACGAUCAACAAGAAGCGCAGUGGCAACUUUUCCGCCGUAUCCCCUUCUCCUGCAACGGCGACUCCCCCCGCGGUGAAAGAAGCUGAUAUCUCCACGACUCUCAGUAUGCUCUACCCAACACCUACCAAGCCGGGUGCGAAUCUGCCUUCUCCCGGCCUCCGUUCGACAGCUUCCUUGAACGAGCUGCGAGAGAAGAAGAUUGUAGGGAACGCUUUCAAUGAUAUAGUAGAGGAGGAAGGAGACGAGGUUCAUGGGCAUGUGAGGUCAGAGAGCUUCAAGAUGAGAGCGAUGGCGAGGGAAGGGAGUGGGGACUCGCUCUCGUCCAAUGAUUCGCAGCCUACUGGUCCUGCUUUCCUUACGAGCCCCUCAUCUAUAGAAUCCGGAGGUGGAAGUAGGUGGUGGAGACUGGGUAAAGGAGAGCAAGAUAGUGAGACCGAGAGGAGACGGAGAGAUGCGAGCGAGGAUACGAUUGCACCUGGGGACGGAUGGGUACCUGGGGAUGUCAAGACGCCAGAUGCGAAAACGCCUCUUUCGGCCAAGCGUUUCUGGGGCUGA